AUGCUUCGUAAGGCUGAGGCUUCUAGCCUUUUCCAAGGUUUGCGCAUUACUCGGCGUGCUCCGUCAAUCUCCCAUCUGUUCUUUGCAGAUGAUGCUUUAUUAUUUUUCCGGGUUAAUCCAGACGCUUGUUCUCAUCUAUUGGAAGUUGUUAAUCGCUUUUGCACCAUGUCAGGCCAGAUGGUUAAUGUCCAGAAGUCCUUUGUUAAAUUCAGUUCUAAUACUCCGAAUGAUUAUCGAGAAUUUUUAAGCUCUGCUUUACAUAUGCGAGCUCAAGAUUCCAUAGGAACAUAUUUGGUCCUCCCAGUGGAUUUAGGACGUGCUAAAUGUCACCAGUUCCAGCCUCUGGUAGAUAAAGUAUCGCAAAAGCUGUCAGCCUUCAGUUCUCGACAUCUUUCUGCGGCGGUCAAGUUAGUUCUAAUUAAUACUGUGGUUAUUGCUUCUUUAAAUCAUGUGCUUUCAGUUUUCAAAUUGCCUGUGACAAUUGCUGACCGUAUCAACCGACUUCUAGCGCGAUUUUGGUUGAAAAAUGGUAAUUCUAAUAGAGCUCUUCUAGCCAAACAAAUGUGGCGUUUAAUUCAUCAUCCACAGCUUUUAGUUUCGAGGAUAUAUCGAGCUCGAUAUCCUCACCUGUUAAACUAUAAAGCUUCUUCUCUUCCUCCCCGUCCUUCCUGGGGUUGUCGAAGUUUGUUAGAUGGAGCCCGUGUUCAUUCCCAUGGAGUUAUGUGGAAAAUGGGUUUUGGUUCCCAGAUUAGUAUUCUUGAUGACAACUGGGUUCCAGGAGUUUAUGUUUGUUUCAAGGACUUUACCUCUACUUAUGAGUUUCCCACUAUGGUGUCACAUAUUAUUGAUCCUGUUUCUCAGGCUUGGGAUAGUACUCGCAUCAAACAACUUUUUCCCCCUAUUACGGCAGAUUCCAUCCUUGGGAUGGAAAGACCUCAGGAAAAAAUGGAUGACUUUGUCUACUGGAAGUUCACUCGGGAUGGAUCGUUCACUACAAAAUCAGCUUAUGCUCACUUAUUGAGCCAAUCCUGGUCAGAUAGGACUUCAUCCUCUAAUAUUCUUCCUGUUUGGUGGAGGAAAUUUUGGGGACUUCCGAUUCUUCCAAAAUGGAAGCUUUUUAUUUGGAAAAUCUUACAUAAUGCUCUUCCUACAGCAGCUAUUUUGCUCCUAAAAGGAAUUCCACUUGAUUUUACUUGUGGUUUUUGUCACCAUCACCAGGAAACAAUUUCUCACAUUUUUCAGCAAUGUGAGUUUUCUUGUUUAAGCCGUAGUUCUCACCCUUUAGUUCAGCUUCGAACUAUGCCUUUGGAUCAAGAUUUUAAUUCUUGGUUGACGGAUUCUAUUAUGGGUUUGGCGGUUUCUAAGGAUUGGGCCGCUUUGGAUAGUCUUUUAGCCUUUUUUUUGAUUACUCGUAGUAGUAAUGUUAGAAAUUUAAGUGAUCUUUAUCAGUCCUCUAGUCCUCCAGGAUUUUCGGUUUCUACUCCAAAGUAUUUGGGGUCUGCUGGAUCUUCUGAUGGGUAUGAUAUAUGUCUUACUUUUGAUGGAGCUUGGAAUGCAAAGGAUCAACGUGCAGGUAUGGGUUGGUACUUAUCUUUUACCUCUACCUCACCAGCUGUCUGGGGAGGGGCUCAUGCAGGUUUUGCUUCUUUCGCCCUCCAUUCUAAACUGUUAGCUUGUCUCCUCGGUUUAAAGCAAGAUCGCGAAAAAGGUUAUUCCAAGAUUCAGGUUUUUAUGGACUGUGGCUUGGUUUGUUCUUUGGUCUGGGGUCAUCUUUCGUAUUCGAUAGCGGUUUGUUGGACUUUGCGACAAAUUAGACAGAUCAUUGCGGACUUCGGUAAAUUCGACAUCCAGAAGGUUCCAAGAUAA